GCAGCACUCAUUUUGGUCCGCGGCGAUCAUCUAGUGCUGUGAUUUUCGCGAAGAAAUCAUUAAAAAAGAGUCGUCGCAAACUUUUUGUUGCUCUCGUGCUCGCAUUUAUUACGCUCGUUUGUUGCUGGUAGUUAAUUAUCGCAUACCGCAUUGUCAAAAGUGAUUUUUCGGAUACCGCGAGUGCACUUCCGGUGGUGUUCGCAGCGCCGCAGUGUCGCCAGAGAGCAGAGAGAACGAGGUGCGGUGUUGCGUUGCGUGACUGGGUGCGAGCGAUCGUAGCGCGUGUGUGUUUGUUGUGUUGCGAGUAAACGAGUUUAAAUUCUUCGUAUCCUCCUUUUCGGGAACGUGCACGCGGACACGAACGGAGGAAAAAACGAUCGGGAGCGAGCAACUGGAAGAAACGAAGAAAACGAGCGAGAGGAAGAGAGAACGAGAGAGAGAAAGAGAGAGAGAGAGAAAGAAAGAGAGAGAGAGCGAGAAGGAGAGCAAGCCAGGAGUUGUGAAGACCAAACAGUGUCGCCGUCUAAAUUUUGCUGGUAGAUCAUCCGCGCGAGCCAGACAGAGAGAAGACAACAUGUCGUCCUACAUUCAGGUCGCCGAGGACGAGGGUGAGGAGCCCAUUGAGCUGCCCACCGAAGACGAUACCACGCUCUUGCUCACCACCUUGUCCGCCCAAUUUCCCGGCACUUGUGGCCUCAAGUACCGCAAUCCAGAGUCUCGUACGAUGCGCGGCGUACGACUGGUCGACGGUCGUCUUCACCCACCCGAGAACGGUUGGGGCAAGGCGAUCUACUUCUGCGUGUUCCCCAAAGAGAACAAACGUAAAUCUGAUGACAAUUUGGAAAAUUCCACAGCUAAGACUAAAAGAAUGGAAACGAAGUUGCGUUGCACUGACUUGAUUGUGCGUUUACCAUGGAAAACUACCGAACAGAAUUUACGCGAGUAUUUUGAAACAUUUGGUGAAGUUCUAAUGGCUCAGGUAAAGAAAGAUGCGAAAUCUGGACAGAGCAAAGGAUUUGGCUUUAUUAGAUUUGGAAGUUAUGAAUCGCAGUUGAGAUGCCUUGCUCAACGUCAUAUGAUAGACGGCAGAUGGUGUGACGUCAAGGUUCCUAACAGUAAGAAUAUUGAUGGCUUAAUGAUGGCGCGUCAGUAUGAUACGGGUAAGCACGGUAACGAGUGUUACCGACCUAUACCGGUGCAUACGCCGAAUAGUCGCCGAGUGCCGGCGUCGAAGCCGUACGUAGCCAACGUAAACUCGUCGUCGUCCGAGGCCACUGCUCCGCCGCCGAGCGCGCCUCCUCCUCGUUACGACUCGGAGUACGAUUACAAAACCACCCACUACCCGUCGUAUCCCCCGAACUAUCCGUACGACGAUAAGUACAAGUAUGAAGGUGGUGGUGGCGGCGGCGGCGGCGGUGGCGGCGGCGGCGGCGGCGGCGGCGGCGGCGGUGGCGGUGGUCAACAGCAGCAGUACAACGCUUACAACGAAAAGCCGAGCUACGCCGCCUACGAGGAGUCCGCAGCCUACGAUUCGCGUGGCUACAUGGCGCCACCUCACGCGACCGCUGCCGCGACGCCUGCCAAUCCCGCGUAUCCGCCAGCCGACGCCGAAUACGGACCGAGGUACUACGGCGAGGGACGCGCGGCCGCUUAUCCAGUCGCCGACAAUUGUCCGGAACAGUACGCCGACAAGGGAAGGUACGGCAAUUACGUGUACGAGCAACGUUGCUAUUACGACCAGGCCGACGGCCGUUACGCGGCGACGGACUGCAGAUACAUGGAAGUGCGUUACCCGGACGCGAGGCAUCCCGACAAUCGUCAUCACUUGCCGGCCGAUCCUGGCCGGGAGGCGGAUUGCAGAUACGUCGACAGCCGCGAGAUGGACAGGCGAUACGCUGUUGACGGCAGGGAACCGGUGGACGGCAGGUACGCGAUGGACAACCGCGAAGUCGACAGCCGUUACGCCGCUGCGCCGGACGGCCGGGACCCCGUCGACGGUAGAUACGCCGAUCCGGCGAGAUACCCGUCGAAAGAGAACUACUACGAUCGUUAUUACAAGCACCGGCCGUCGAGGGAUCACCACGUCGCGGACACGUCAAGAUACUGAACUGAAAUUAUCGUAAAUACAGCCAAUCAUGUUUAAAUGGGAAUAUUGUACUAUGUCAUAUUUUCGCUGUUAAGGGCCGCGACUGAUCUUUUCUAUCAGGAUUUAAUACACAUUCCUCGACGGAUUAUACCACGUACUCGUCAAUGCUAUGUUGCUGUGCACUUUUUGGACUUUGGCAGAUUUUUUAGUAUCGCAACAAUCAUAGAAAACGCGUGGAGAAUUUAUAAAUGUCAAAAACGAGAUAAAGGUAUUCGUAUAAAAAAUGCAUCACAUUAAUGUGUAAAAUAUUAAUA